AUGCCAUCGUCCACUACUGAAUCUUUGAAUGUCAUUCACUUUACCAUCAAAGAUACUGCUUACCUUCUCAGUGUAACUAAGUCUUCCUCUCGACCUGGACCGGAUGGACUACCUCCAAGUACUAUACGCUUUGAGGGACCUGAUAUGCCCUUCAUCUUGUUAAAACUAUUUUCCCUCUCGUUGAUCGGUGGCAUUGUACCAUCUCAAUGGAAACAAUCUAGCAUCAUCCCACUUCACCAAACGGGUCCUACUCAUGAGCCAUCCAACUACUUGGAUGGAAAAAUUGUUAAAAGGCAUCUCUCGGAAUACGUUUUCAAUGCAACCUACUUAGCAAGAGCCAACCUGGCUUUCUUGAAUUUCGUUCUUGUCAAACUUGCCAGUUUGGCUUCUUGA